AUGGCAAACACUGGAUUAUUUUUUGUGCUUGUGGGGUUUUUUCUUGUGAGCUGUACAUUUGCCUCUCUGCUAACUGUGAAAUUGCCUCCUCAAGAGCCUUGGCUUCCAAUGAAGCCUACCUUGCAGCCACAGACACCUGGCCAGAUUGACAAAUGCCAAGUGCAUGAGUAUGAAAGGUUUCCUUGUGGAGAACCUGGCAUUAAGGCUAUCCAAUGCAAUGCCCUAAACUGCUGUUUUGAUGGCCAGGCAUGCUAUUAUGGGAAAACAGUGACUGUCCGGUGUACCCUUGAUGGCCAGUUUGUGUUGGUGGUGGCCAGAGAUGCCACAUUUCCCAGGAUAAGUCUGGAUUCCAUCAGCCUGUUGGGAGGAAACACAGGACCCUGUAGUCCUGUUGAUGCAAAUACAGCCUUUGCUAUAUACCAGUUUCCUGUAACUGCUUGUGGGACUACCAUGAAGGUACAAGAUGGUUAUGUGGUCUAUGAAAACAAGAUGAUCUCUUAUGGAGUUGGACCCCAUGGCUCAAAUACAAAGGACACUCACCAUGAGAUUUAUUUCCAGUGUAAAUAUUUGGGUGUUGGCUUUGGGGCUUUUGCUAUUGAACCUUCAGCCAAUCAUGAUGAUCUGCCUGUUGUUGCUUUUGGACCGCUCCAAGUGGAACUAAGACUAGGAAAAGGUUCAUGUGUAACUAAGGGUUGUGUAGAAGAACAAGUAGCCUAUACAUCGUACUACAGUGCUACUGACUAUCCUGUGACACGGGUUCUGAGGGAGCCUGUGUAUGCUGAGGUGCGCAUUGUUGGGAGAACUGACCCAAAUAUUGUCCUGACUUUGGGUAGCUGCUGGGCAACUGCUUCCCCUAACUCCUAUAGCCUUCCUCAGUGGGACCUUCUGGUGAAUGGAUGUCCAUACAAGGAUGACCAGUAUUUGAUCAAGCUGAUACCAGUGACUGGGAUGUCUGGACUUGCAUACCCUACUCAUUACAGACGCUUUGUCCUGAAGAUGUUUACAUUUGUGGCUCCACUGCAGGAAAUGCUCUACAUCCACUGCAAUACAGCAGUCUGUCUUCCAACUGCACAUGACUCUUGUGAACCAGUGUGCAGCAAAAGAAGAAGAGAUGUUGCUGCAGCAGAAGGAAGCUCUCCUGGUGCAUCAGGAAUGGUGUCCAGUGGAGGAGUGACAUUUAAGAUGAAUCUCUUCUGA